UCCCAACUCUCCAACAUUCCACAUCGCCACCUGCUCCCUCCCAAUAUAUUAACAUCACUACUACUCAAUCCUACAUAGCACAAUUAGCGUACAGAAUGGGAGAAGUGAGAGAAUUCGGCAGAAAAAGAAUGGUGCCGGUGCCUCCCAUGGCCGUCCAUGCUUUUUCUCAACUUCCCUUCAGCAGAUCCUUCGACCCAGAUGGCCUUUUGUAUCGAUCACGGGGAAGCCAAGUGGAGAAAUCUGUCAGAAUCUUCGGCAUACAAAUCGAGAAAGAGAAGGUUUCUUCUGAACUGAAAUUCGAAUGCCGAUUCUGCUGCAGGGUUUUUCCGACCUCCCAGGCUCUGGGAGGCCACCAGAAUGCCCACAAACGGGAAAGGCGUGAAGUGAAAAGGGUUUUCCGGACGCCCGGAAGUGAUGAUAUUGGUGCAAGUUUUGAGCUUUUUGGUCGGCCUCAGUUGCCCUUUACUUUAGAUCAGUGUGAGUCUGCUGUUUAUUCGUGUAAGAAGGGAAGAGAAGGAAAUGAGAAGUCAUUUGGUGGAGGAUCUGUGCACCGGUUUUUUGGGGAGAGAAGUGCGGAAGAGAAAAUUGGUUCAGAAAGUUCUGAGGGUGUUGAGAAGGAUGGGUGUGUCGACCUGCGCCUCAGGCUCGGUACUAAUACCAGUUCAGAUAUCUUGAAUACAGAUAUUUGUUGAAUAUUGAGAUAUAUGUAUAGAGUGUUUUAUCUUAUUUAAUGAGAGGUUUCAGAUCUCAGAACAAAUUGGAGUUCA